GAUGUUUUGUUGUCAGCAACAACAACCGACGCUGCGGAAAUAAAUGGAUUCACUGAACUGAAACCACAUUAUCUGAAAAUCACAUUAAAAUACCAUGAAAUAGUGACUGGGUUUAUUAUAGCAACAAAAAUAAGCGAGUCUAAUCCGACCUGUUGCUUUUAAAAACGCCUGCGGCGGGAAAUUUAAAACCAAUUCUGACAACAGCAUCAGUUUUUGUCAUCUCGGGAUGUUUCUGGAAAUCCUUAAAGUAAUCGAUAUGGUUGGCGUCUUUUUUACGGUAAGACCGUUAUAAACGUUUCAUACCGACGGACAUCAACCCAAAACUCAUACUGGACUGUAACGUUACAUUACUGAUAUGAGAGUGGAAAUGGACUCUUGUGUGUCUGUGAACAAUAAAACACAAUUUAACGACUCAACAUCCAGUUCUGAUGCAGCAGAUGUGUUAAUUCACUCAACCAGAGCCAGCAGAGACGAAAUAAAGCAUAAGAGUCAGAAAAAAGUUAACAUUUACAUCAGGAGACUGUCAGACUCUGAACAUGUUCGUUCUGUGGAUGAGAGAAGGACAGAUCCUCCUGUGAAUGUGCCUUCAGUCUCAGAUACAGCUGGACCAGAGGAACAACAGGCUGGAAGCAAAUCAAACCAAUUUGCUGGCCUUUUUGGCGAAGCCUCCAGGAAAGAGAAGAGGGAAGCUCAAUCCACAAUCAUGCAGACAGAACAGUUAAAGUCAAAAGGUGAAGAUGUGCAGAUUUCCACAUACUCUGCAGAUGGAAGAGGAGCGGUUUCUGCAGCGCUCAGGAAGAGAUCCCAAGGUGCCCCUUUAAGACGUAACGUGACAGUACAAGUGUUGGAGCAAGACAGAUCACAAACUCCAAGAGUUCAGCCAGAUCCUGCUUGUCCAUUAGGAGAUCCUGGCACUUCUGCAAGUGUGGCGGCCAUAACAGCUGCUACCAUCGCAGCCACAGCACCACUUAUAAAGGCUCAGAGUGAGAUGGAGGCUCAGAUCUCGCUUGUGUCUGCUGAGCUGAGGAGGCUGCAGGCAGCAGAGGGCAGUGUUCUGCCGGGCAGGACGGCCCGUAUCGACAGCAGUUCAGCUGGGAGAGCAGCCCAUCUGGAGGAGCAACUUAACAUUCUGAUCCAGCAGAGACUGCAACACCUGGAGACAAUUCAGUGUCAGCAGAUUCAACUGCAGAAUCGUCUCCUGGGUUCAGCUCUGGAUGUAGUAGCAUCUCGUGGAAACACAAACUCACAGUCCUCCUUACACACAAGCUCUGGAGUUUCCCAGACAGACUCUUUUCCACUUCAGGUCUCAGGGAAUCACAGCAUCAGAUCCUUAGCCACUGAUAACCCCUCUGCUAGAAGACCAGCUUCAGUCUCAAAGGAUCCUUAUCGUGAGAGACAAACAGGGGGGCAUAAAAGCCCUCUGGAGACCCCUGCACCACGCAAGGUCAUUCCUAAACCCACCCACUGGACAUCAACAAGCACCAACAGGCCUCCGAAAUCCUCCUUUAAAAACCAAGGAAAUGGCAGACUUCAGGACCAGAGCCCUAAUAACCGGAGGUCUCCCGAGAGAUGCGCCUUGCAGUCGGUUGGGGUAAAGAGGUUUGCCAUGGCAACAGCAGACAACAGCCAACCAGAGCAGUCCAGGGAAAGCCAGAUGCCAUCCAAAGCAUCUGUUACUAGAAGUGCACAAGAAGACGAAUCGUCUUUUCUGAAUGGACAGAAUGAACACCAGGGAGAACCUACGAAUGUAUCGUCUUCCAGCACGACCGUGCAAAAAGCCAGCGAGAUGCUGCAGGAUCUGGGGAGACUUAAAAAUGAGAUGAGAAGUCUACUGCAGACUGCUGAUGCGUUUCCUGCGCCGAAUGCCAAGUCGACCCAGAGCAGCAGGAGCAGGCAUCUUGCCCCCGUUGCCAUGGCCCCGCCUCCUGCCACAACCCCCAUCUCCAUGCCCCCAGAGCCUGUUGAUGCGAUUGCCGUCAGGGCUGCUGCUUUAAACAGAGCCAGCAUUCUGAAGAGCAUCCAGCCUCCCACGUCCAUUUUUGAGGAUGCAGGACUGGUCCUGAGGCAGGUCAGGCAGAGCAAGAAGAUUCUGGAAGAAAACCUAGAAGCCAUUUUGAGAGCCAAAGAUGGAGAGGUGCUUCACACGCAGUUAGAAGCACUGUCAAAAAACAGUGGGAAUUGCGGAGUGGCCCAUGGGAACGGAGAAGAGAGCCUUUCAUCUGCUGCAGAUGUUCGGUGCGGCUCAUCCACAGACGGCCCCCGAGUCACAGUUAAACGCAAAACGGCAGCAGGUAAGCCCAGACUAGAUUGCCAGCCGCCAGUGCCUUCACGGGUCAUCAUCACUGACAAACCAGCAAUCGUAACAACCUCCUUCAAUCCUAUCACUGUUGCCGAAUCCAAACCUACUCCUGCUAUUCGGAAACCCAACACCAUCUUGCUGGAGGUCCAGUCAGCAUCAAAGAAACGGACCCCACAGCUCCAAAUACAGGUCCAGCCUGGAGUGAACAUUGAGAGUGCUUUGUGCAGCAGGCCAGCUUCUCCCACACCAGUGAUUCCGGCCGAAAGCAUCCUUCCUCCACCUUCAAUCCAUGCCACAGAGGAUCCACAUGCUCACGAAGAUCAGGAGGAAAACAUCUUCCCCGGAACCAAUUUCUUGGCCGAAGCCGACAUCAGCCAGGAAACACACGGUGGGCUUCCAGACUCUCCUAUAGAGUUUAAGGGUCUGCCGUCUCCUCCAGCUGCCCUGUAUCAUGGCCCGGUGUUUCCUCCAGUGCCGACCCAGUCUACGCCUCUCACUGAGCCCAUUCUGAACACCAUCCAGCAGAGAGAAACCCUGGAGAACAGACUCGUGGACUGGGUGGAGCAACAGGUCAUGGCCAGAGUUAUAACUGGAAUGUUCCCUCAACCCACCCAAGCUGAUCCACCCCACCAAUCAGAGCCGGAGAAUAGCGUGGCAUCAGACAUAGUGGAGGCCGCAGGUGGUGGUGGUCUUCAGCUCUUUGUGGACACAGGCGUGCCAGUGGACUCAGAGGUCAUAAGACAUUAUGUAAACGAAGUGCUGACUGAAAUCAUUGCUUCAAUGCUGGGACAGAGAGAGGCUCAGGGAACACCAACUGCACCCGUCCAAACACAGGAUGAUCAGAAGGAGGACACUAUAGUACCUACACCAGCACCCACUCCCGAACCCAGCCUAAAAGAUCCUCCAUCUCCUGUCAGAACCCCUGAUCUCUCCGAACAUCUUUCAACAGCCGCGUCUCCCAAGAAAACCCCUCAGGAAUCUGCUUUGCCAGGUCCAGACAGAAUUCCUGUGGGCACUCCGAUUACUACACCGAUCCCAUCACCAACCAGAGUGGCCACGCCCUCUCCUCCUCCUCCAGCCAAUCAGAGCCCAGAGCCAGGCAGCCUGCAGAUUCACCUGUGGGAAGGAUCAGAGCUCCCCCUGGAGGAGGAAGAACAACCUGAACUGCAGCCUGCACCAGUUGUAAUAUCAGUUCCCAGAGUGGAUGAUGAGGAAUCAGUCAUCCAUCCAUCUUCACCUGUCCCUUCCAAACCCCAGUCUCCUCCAGCGCCUCCUCUUCCUCCUGUGAUCCAGAAGUCUGAAUCUUCUUCCUCCUCCUCUUCCUCAUCCUCAGAGAGCAGCUGUAGCUCUAGUGUGACUGUCACUGAGACAGAGACAGCAGCCAGACACAUCUCAGAGGGAGAACUGCUGCUCAAUCAUGGCCAGAUGGCGGCGGUCAGAGUUCUGGAACAGGAAGGAGUUCUUCUGCCAAAUUUUAUGACCAGCUUGAACGGUUCCCUGCAUGGAGUCCAAGACAUGGAUUAUGAUCCGCCCAGUGAAGGGCAGGUGAUUAGAGCUCCUCAUCUUCCUGCUCAUCACGAUCCUGUUUUGUCUCUGUUGGCAAGAAUGGAGCUCGGCCCUACCAGCCAAUCACAGCAGCCAGAGAGGUGGUGGGAGGAGGAGAGCAGUGGAGAGGUCAGUGAGGGUCAGAGACCACCGCUGACCACCGCAGAGGAGAUCGUGCUGACGGGACACUCGCUUAUAGACCAGCAGACAAUCACACAGGCCAGAAACACACAGAUCUCCCCUCACGCCACACUCACAUCACCUGGACAAGUGAUCGCUGAACACACAGGUGCAGUGGUUGAAGACGAUGGGCUGUCAGUCAACCUCAGGUCAUCAGAUGAGCAGAAAGAAGCUAUGGUUUAUCAAGCGGACACCGUCUCCUCACAUCAGCCAGAGAGCUCCCAGAUGCCACAGACUGUUCACAGACCUGCACCAAUCCUAGUGAGACAGUAUGAAGAGGAACCAGAGUUCCCCCAGCUGAGGAGACUUUCAGAUGAUGCUUUUUUUGGAGCUGAUGAGAAAGGUGAAGACAUGUUUUUGCACACAGGAGGAGGAAGAGGAAGUGAUGUCAGAGUGAUGUCAGUGCGCCUGCCGUCUGUCAAGCAGGAUCCCGAGUCCGUCAGCCUCAGCUCUGUGGAAGGAGACACAGCCUCUUCUGCUAAUGAUGUGUUUUAACAGCGACGACCCCGUCAAACCUUUGAGAUAGGAAUCUACUAAGUGCCUGGAGACGUUCACAGCCCUACAUUAUUCACGUCGCAGCUGGAUGUCAGUCAGUGCAAGAGAUAUAAUCAACCUGAUGUUUCUUGCUGCGCUAUGAAAUCAAACUCUGCGUGCUGUCGUAUGCUGUUUGACUGUGUUUUUAAAUCAAAUAAAUGUUGCAUUACAAAUCACCUGUACUCAAGUUUGGGCUUUUGCACUUUUUGCAUUUACAUUCAGUCAUUUAGCAGAAGCUUUUGUCCAAAGCGACUUACAAUUGAAUACCACAGGAUAUUUCCCAAAUAUUUUCCAAAAUAUGUUUAACAAAGCAAAGAAUUUUUCACAGUAUUUUUUAUAGCUGAUGUCCUUACCAGCGCCCGAAUUUGUGUACAUGACCUACUGAUCCAUGAGCAAGGGAGCUGAUUGAGAUGCACCCUUGGUUUUGGUAAGCCUAUUUCUGCCUGUAAAGUGUUUUAUAUCUGCAUCAAACUGCUUCACUAGCAAAUGUCUGUUUCUGAAAGAUGGCUCAACCUCGCUCUAACUCCAAAUAUACUGAACACUGCAUAUUUUGAGGAUGUUUCUAGAUUUUGCAUGCUUUGCUGCUAGUGUGGGUAGUUACUAAAGUUAUCACUAUACACUGUAAAAAAUGCUGGGCUCCACACAAUCGAUUUGUGUUACAACAAAAUGAAGGAAUUAAGUUAACUCAUUAGUUUUUACAAAUUUAAGUUGAUUAAGCACAAACCCAUUAAGUUGUUCCAAAAAAACUCAAGAAUUGAGUUGAAAAAGAAAUAAUCUAAAUAAGUAGUUUGAACAAACAUUUUUGUUUGAAGCAAACUUUUAUUUUCAGUGUAGCUGUUUCCAUGUGCCUAUUUUUAUGCGAAUUUUGGAUUAUCGCAAAAAAAUGCCAACCCAGGCUAAUUUAGAAAAUAUACAGCUAUAUGCAUUUCUGGAGAGCGCCAAAUAUGUCCAAGAAAGUAUGUUUUUUUGCAGUUUUUGUUUUCGUGAAUACGCCAGAGUCUGCUGUGUACGCUUUUUGAGAUCUCAAAUUUCUCUUGCGAGUGCCAUUCGUGCCUGCUGUUCUCUCGUAAAUCCACCAGAGGUCGCUGUCGACUGACUGACUGACUGACCGAUCGACUGACCCACCCUUCCCAAACCCAACCAAUAGUGUUUUCAAAUGCACUGAUUGACCAGCGCACCCACUUCCCUAAACCCAACCAAAAGUUUUCAAAAGCAAUCCAGAAAAAGAAAAGCCCUCGUCUGAUUUUUACCACAUUUUCAGAUUUUACCACAUUCUCACCCUGUUAUUUACUUGUUUAUUUUAUUUUUUGGCUUUUGUCUUAUCUGCUUUCUGGAACCAUUCUUCGCCGGACUCAAACCCUGUCGUCGCGGUCAACUCCGCUCCACAUCACAAGUCUGCAGACGUACACGGCGAACCACCGGACAAACUUCUAACAGCAGAAAAAAGCCUUCCAUAUGGAGCACUCAAGACAUGAUAAAGUCUGGGAGAGGAAGUGGAUGCUGACUUCAGACAUUCGUCGUCUUGUCUGAUCCUCUUUAAGGCUCAUUCCGGCCUAGAAUUUCCCAAAC